GUACUAGAAUGUAAAUUAAUGAAAAAGAUCUAGACAUCUAGUGGUAGUAGGUUAAACUAUCACCACUUCGGUUUACACACGUCUGAAAGACAACGUGACAGAAUAAACAGGUCUCGUAUAAACUUUUAACGAAAGCUUUGAUAUGACACCAGUACUUGGUAGUCUACAAUCUAUUGGACCUAAUACUCAGGCAUCAACUACCGUGCCUGAUGUACAAACUGGUAAUACAGUAGUACAGAUAUUACAGCCUCAGACACAAUCUCAACAGACGCAAUUUGUAUCCCAACCUCCAAAACAGCAGGUAGUACAGCAACCUUCCACACAACAAACACAGCAAUCUCAACAACAAAGUUCCUUCAAUGACUUUCCACAAUUUUUGACUAAAACAAGAUUACAAGAUUUAGUGAAAGAAGUAGAUCCCACUGAACAAUUAGAUGAUGAUGUAGAAGAAAUGUUAUUACAAUUGGCAGAUGAUUUUGUAGAAACUACUGUAAACGCAGCAUGUUUGUUAGCUAAGCAUCGUCAUGCAAAUACUGUAGAAGUAAAAGAUGUACAAUUACAUUUAGAAAGAAAUUGGAAUAUGUGGAUCCCUGGUUUUGGUACAGAUGAAGUACGGCCAUAUAAACGUGCUACAGUUACAGAAGCGCAUAAACAAAGAUUAGCACUUAUAAGAAAAUCAAUUAAAAAAUAUUAGUCUUUAUACACAUUUUGUGUUGUUAUCUUUAAUUGCGAAUUCUUUUAUAUUUCUUACAUGACAGUAUACUUUCAGAUAAUAAUUAAUAUUUAUAAAAAAAGGAGAAA